CUCUGCCUCCGCCCAGAAUAAUCCUUGGCGUCUCCCUCGUUACCUUCUCUAGUUCUCUCCUCUCCCUCACAAGCUCCGUAAGCUGGGGCAGUUCUUUUUCCCUUCCGAUCGCUCCACGGACCAUAGCACGACUGUAAAUGCCCUCAAAGGUUUGAUCUUUACACUCUUAAAAGUAUUGUGAGAUUUUCGUUUUAAGUCAGAUUCUGGGUUGUCUGAAUAUGGCGGUGAUGAGCAUCUCCAUCAUAGUGUUUCUCUCGAGGUUUUAAAAUUGGGAUGAACUGUGAUCGCGAUUUCAUUGUGUUGUUGAAUUGUGAAUCUUUAUAGCUCAUAUCGAGUUAUCGUUUCGCUUGCUGAACAGAUGGGGGAGAGUUGCAUAGCUGAGCUAGCCUACAAAGGCUCCACCUCUGAAGCAAUUCUCGAAGCCAAAGCCCAGAAGAAGCUCUUUGUUGUUUAUAUUUCAGGCAAGGAUCCAGUGUCAGUGGAAUUGGAAAAAUCGAUUUGGACGGACUCAAAGGUGGCAGAUACAUUGUCGAAGUACUGUGUUUUGUUGCAUGUUCUUGAGGGAAGUAAUGAUGCAGUGAACUUCUCUGCAAUUUUUCCACAAAAAUCUGUUCCUGCUAUAGCAGUUAUAGGAUUCAACGGCAUCCAACUCUGGCAAAGUGAUGGAUGCGUUAGUGCUGAAGUUCUGGUUUCCAGUUUAGAGAAGGCAUAUCUGAGUCUACAUAUCCAGGAAACAACUGCAAGUGUCUUCACCGCUGCACUUACUAAUACGAAAUCUGUACCAACUACUCCUGGAUCAUCUGACAUUGUAUCAGGUGACCUUGAAAGUUCUUCAGAUACUGUUUUGUCAUCUCCAGCAGACAAAAAAGUGCAAUCCUCUGAGGUUGAACAGCCUAGUGCUUCUGGGACAAAAGACGACAACCAAUUUAAUGAACAUAAAUCUAAGGAUGAUGAAAAUGCAUCUUCAGAGCCAUGCAAUGUCAAUAAGUCUAAGAGAGCUAAGGAUGAACAGUCCCACUCUCGACCACUCAGCAAAAAUGCUGACCCCCCAUCUAAUCCUUCUGCGGCAAACUUGGAAACAGCCGAUAAUGUUGGUGCAGAAAAGAUUCAUGUUAUCCAAGAAGUCAGCAUUGAUAAUGCUCCUGACAGGCCACCUUCGAUUAAUCCCUUUACGAAGGAUGCACAAGACAAAAAGUCUGCACCUUUGAAUGAAAAGGAGAUUGAUGUCAUUGACAAAGGUUCCAAAAUUAACGCAUCAAACGAUGUGUAUCUAAACAUCAAGUUGCUUUAUGGAACUAGCAUACAAGAGAAGUUUUUGGUGUCAAAUACACUGAGAAUGGUCAAAGAAUACGUGGAUAGCAACCAAGAGAAUGGCAAUGCUUCAUACGAUCUUGCCAUCCCAUAUCCUCGGAAGAUAUUUGGUGAACAAGAUCUAGGCAGAUCUUUAUCAGAGUUGGGUUUACUUAACAGACAAGCACUGAUAGUGGUUCCUCAUCAGAAAAGCGCGAGUUACUUUCAAGGAGACUCUUCUUCUUCCCCUGCACAGAGUACAGUUGACACCAGUUCAUCAAUUGCAAGUCCUGUAGGAUAUUUCGGGUACAUUAGGAAGGUCUUCUCUUUCAUCAAUCCUCUAUCCUAUGUCGGAGGAUCUAGUUCAGCAACAUCUGGGCAAGCUGGAAGCAGCAUGUGGCAAUACAGUCCAAACCAGUCACUCCCAAAUAGCUCGGGAAGACCAGGGCCAGCUGGUGCCAACCCUCCCGAUCAGCACGAUUCGGCAGCUACUGCAAGCGAUGUCAGGAGCAGGCGAUUAGCAAUGUUCGGGUCUGGAAGCAACGUUCACACACUCAGACGGGAUGAAGAUGAUGACCGUCCAAAUGGCAGGAAUGCCUUCUGGAAUGGAAACUCGACACAAUUCGGUGGUGGUGAUAGUAAUAAUGAUGGGAGGCCAUAAUGGAUGCAGGAAGGGUUCACAUCUUCGUCGUCUGUCCUCUUUUGCCAUAUAUUUCUCUGAAAUGGAUUGCGGAUUGGUUACCUUCAAAUAUAGCAAGGAGAGCAUAGCAAGGAUUGAAUAUACAGAUUCUCGGCCCGAAGCUAGAUUCGUUGACUUUAGGAGUUAAGUUAUGAUGGUGUAUAUCUGUUUCCUUCUACUUCUUUUCUGAAUGUUGAAUUGUUAGUAUUUAGUUUAUAUGAACUCUUUUAGGAGUCAGGUGAGGAAUAAUGUAACCAUAUUCGGUAGUGCCAAUCUUUCCAAAAGAAGCUGCUGCUAACAUAGGUCUCCCAGAUUUAGGAAACCAAC